AAGAGAUAAUUAAUCGAUUAAAUAAAAAAGCGCGAUGGUUAAUUCAAGUUUAGCAUACGAAAUACUUUUGUAUAUAAAUUCAUUUUAUUUUGGACUUUUUGCUACAUGUGAAUUGGGUACACUUAUAUUGAAAUCUAUAUUGAUCGGAAAUAAGCACAAUAGCGAUAGUUAUUGGGUUACUGUUGGCCAAGAUUACGGUGUAUUAAUGGGACUGUUUAUAAUAGAAGGAGCUAGACUUAUACUUGGACGGAAAGGAAGCCUUAGUGAGCGAGAUAUACCAGUGAUGUUCUCAGUUGUUCUGACGGUGCCAUCAAUGGUUUGUGUUCUAUAUUUGUUGGUGAAACAAGUCGUAAUCCUCAGAAUUGAAUACAUCUGGUGCACCCUAAUGCUUACAAUUCAAGUCUUGGAGUACAUAUUUGCAUCCAUGUUUAUUGUCACAAUGUGCCGUGGUCCCUCAUAUGACUAAAGUAAUCUAUAUAUUUAACAGUUUUACAUUGGCUAAUUUAUUUAAAAUUAG